AUGAUUCCUGUAGACAUUGAAGUAGUAUUAAAACAAUACAACGGGCCCUCAAACAAUGCUACCACAGAUAUAGUGCAAAAGUACUUAGAAAAAAUGAUGGUACGCCCAAAUUCGGUGAUAACAGAUAUUUGGGAUUUCCUACACAAGGAAGUCACAGCUAUAAUAAUUGGAGAUAUUCCAGGCUAUGAUAAGCCAUUCAUCGACUUUGGAGAGGUGAAAAUCAAGUGGUACUUAUACUCUUUGGAUAUCUAUGGACCAGUGAAACAUACCGAAGAAGAUGACGAUGGAAUUACAGUAAUGUCAACGCAGCUGAGUUUGCCUUCACCACAUCUGCUUAGCCUUUGGGAGAACCUCUACUAUGACAAUGAUAUAAAGCAGAAUUUGUUGAAUUAUGCUCGGACCAUGAUGGAAUUUGGAGACAGAGGGGUGGAUGGUAAUGUCAUAACUUGCAAUAAAGUGAUUUUACUCCAUGGACCCCCAGGAACUGGAAAAACUUCAUUGUGCAAAGCCUUGGCUCAAAAGUUGACUGUUCGUAUGCAAGAACGUUUCACUUCUGGGCUUCUCAUUUCUCAUUGA